AUGGCAUUGGGCCCGACUCUUGGAACCGGGCUGUUCAUCGGCGCCGGGCAAGCGCUGGCCAUUGGUGGCCCGGCCUCGCUACUCAUUUCCUAUGCAAUUUUAUCGCUCUUGACCUACUUUAUGGCCACAACUGUGGCUGAAGUUGCCACUCACUCCCCGACUCGACAUGGUACUCUGGUCACUAAUGGCUUCCGAUACAUGACGGACAGUAUGGGGUUCGCGGCUGGAAUCCUGCGCUGGUAUACUUUGGCGAUGUUUGUCCCCUACGAGAUUACAACUGCAAUGGUGAAUCUCGGCCUGUGGAACCCCGGAACGACCAUCGCUUUGCGACUGCUCAUCAUCAUGACAAUUGUGGUGGGAUCCAACUACAUGCCCGAGAGACACUUUCGAACCUCCGAAUGGCUCGUCACCAGAAUCAAAGUCGGCACGUUAGCUUGUCUCCUUGCUUUGUCGCUUUCGAUUGGCGUUGGAGGCGCGACUGGACACGCUAAAUGGGGGUUCCAUUACUGGAAAAAGCCAGGGGCCAUGCACGAAUACUUAUUCCGCGGCCCUAUGGGCAGGUUCUGGGGCUUGCUGCAGUGUGUCUUGCACAGUUCCAUCGCUUUCACGUUCACGCCCGAAAUCAUUGUCCACCGCGCGGAGACGCUUGAAAUGCUUCCUACCGAGAUUGGCGACGUGUUGGACCCGACUAUCCAAGCCAGACUUCCCGGAAAAGUUGCCUUUGAUGUGGUCACGACUACGCUGCCGUAUAUCCUCAGCUCCCUGGCGAUGGGUGUCAUGGCUGCAUACAACGAUCCAUUACUGACCAACAAUGGAGCUGGAGCGGGUCUUUCGCCCUUUAUCAUUGGGAUGAACACCGCGCGUAUCCGCAUUGUCCCCGUCACCGCGAGCAUUGCCAUCCUGACUUCAUCCGUUGCUUCGGCUCGAUCAUUUCUAUUCCUCGCUUCGCGAACACUGUGUGCCAUGUCUGAGCUCGGCCAUGCUCAUCGAGUCCUCAAAAUACGCAACCAAUGGGGCGUUCCCUAUGUCUCCGUCGGUGCUACGGGGCUUUUCUCCUUGUUAGCCUUCAUUUCCGUGGGAAUGUCGAGCUCAAUCGCGACCACCUACUUCUUGCUUUUCGUAAACAGCUCCGGAUACCUGUCCUGGUUGGUAUCGUGCGUGAUAUUCCGAUACUUCCGACAGAGCUCGGGUCUCCGCCAUAAUACCAACUCUUAUGGCUUCGCCAUCCAACCGUUUGGGACAUACUUCGGAGCCUUGAUGAGCUUGAUCUUGCUCUUGUCCAAUGGCCUGGUUGGAGGCAUAUCAGGUCCCCGUCCCGGUCCAAGAAUCGCAAGACUUCUCGCCGCGUAUUGCAGCAUUCCUGUCUUCGCGAUUCUGUAUUUUGCACAUCGAUUUCGAACGAUGGUUCCUUACCGGACAUCCCAUAGCAACGCGGACAUGCAUUACAGCCAGGAAGUACACCGGGGUAAAGCUGUCUCUCAAAUCUCCGAGUCACAACAUGGAGGGUCUGCACUGCCCGGUUCAUCCGAUGUCGUUUAG